GGGAACCGGGCAUUGUUUGACAUUUUCGGAACGAAGAUGAUGGUUAAUCUCCACCAAACUAUUUUUCUGAUUCCGUCGUUCCUGUUCUGUCAUCUAUGCAUGGAUAGCACCAGAUAGCACCCUUAGUUGCCAGCAUUUGCCAGUAGUGAGAACUAUUCAUACAACAACCUGGGUAAUAUUACCUUUGGAGUGUGCUGUAAAUCAUCUUUCGCUCAAACUGAAAAUUAUUCGAGAUUUCUAAACGCAACUAGGCAAAAUAAUGAAAAAACAUGCGUCAAAUUCGGAAGGAGGUUCCAAGGGAAAAAGACCUCACUGGUCUAUGGGUCUAUUGAAUUGUAUGGCAGAUCCGAAAAUGAAAGUUAAGGAAGACGAUCUCAUAGUAGCUAUUACGGAUGGUUAUCCAAAAGCACAUUAUCAUUAUUUAAUCCUCCCCAAAGAAGACAUAAACACGAUAUAUGAUUUGAAAAGAGAACACGAGGACCUCCUCACUCACAUGGAAAAUAUCGCCGAGGAUCUGAUCAAGAAUCAUCCAGAUCACGAAUUCAAAUUCGGUUACCAUGCUAAGCCCAGUAUGCAGAGGCUUCAUCUUCAUGUAAUAAGUUUGGAUUUCGACAGUCCUUAUUUAAAAACAAAACAUCAUUGGAAUUCCUUUACCACUGACAUUUUCUGUCCUGCAAAAGAAGUUCACGAGGAAUUGCGACGCAAUGGAUUCGUAAAGAGGAUGACCGUAGAAGAGUACCAGAAAUUGCUUAACACUGAAUUGAAGUGUCAUAAAUGUUCAGAGAGAUCGAAAAAUAUGCCAGGAUUGAAGAGGCAUCUUCGUAGUCACAUAUCGAGUAAAGAUUGAGUCGAAGUUUUGAGUCGUGUCGAUGAUGUCAUCCGAUUACAUAUUGUAAAAGCAGGUAUCAGGUAGUGGGACAAGAUGAAAGAUAUGGGUAUAAAUAACGUAAACAUGAGUAAUGCGAUAUUUCGGAAAUUUUACUAUAAAUAAAUUUGAUGUUAAUGUUAA